AUGUCUUCAAUCUUCCUCACACAACUCACAUCUUACUCUGUUCGUAUCUAUCUAUCUCACUCUCUAUCUAUCUAUCUAUCUAUCUAUCUAUCUAUCUAUCUAUCUAUCUAUCUAUCUAUCUUACUCUGUUCGUAUCUAUCUAUCUCACUCUGUUCAUAUCUAUCUAUCUAUCUAUCUAUCUAUCUAUCUAUCUAUCUAUCUAUCUAUCUAUCUAUCUAUCAAUUUGUUCGUAUCUAUCUCACUCUGUUCGUAUCUAUCUAUCUAUCUAUCUAUCUAUCUAUCUAUGAAUUUGUUCGUAUCUAUCUCACUCUGUUCGUAUCUAUCUAUCUAUCUAUCUAUCUAUCUAUCUCAAUUUGUUCGUAUCUAUCUCACUCUGUUCAUAUCUAUCUAUCUAUCUAUCUAUCUAUCUCAAUUUGUUCGUAUCUAUCACACUCUGUUCGUAUCUAUCUAUCUAUCUAUCUAUCUAUCUAUCUAUCUAUCUAUCUAUCUAUCUAUCUAUCUAUCUCAGUCUGUUUCUAUCUAUCUAUUUCAAUUUGCAUUCAUCUAGUUAACUCAGUAUUGGUAGUUUGA